UUUUUAUUCUGGUAAAGAGACUUAAGACGUGAUUGAUUGUGAUUUGUAAUUAUUUUUUAUAGCUUUGAAAUUCAAUUUAAUUCACAUUCUUUUUAAGAUUUCGAACUUUAUAAAACAAUGAUUCGUGAAAUAGAUUUCAACUAUAUUUUUCUUAGUAUUUUUUUAUUGAAAACAGAGAGCAUUCCAAUUGAUACGAAUUCGUCGAAAAUAGCGGGAAGCAAUGAUAUUGAUGCCCAUUUGAAUUUCGAACAUGUCAGAAAUAUUUGCUCGAAUAGUGUUGCAAUUUGUAAAAGCAACGAUUCGAAUAUUUGUGCCACGAGAUUUAUUAAUGACAAAAUGGAAUACAAAGAUUUUGAAAACUCCUGUUUUUUAUUCAUAAAUAACAUGUGUCAUAAUUAUGGUAAAGAUUAUUUCAAAUAUAGAAGAAGUGAUCUAAAAAAGAAUGAAAAUAACGUGAACACUAGUAGUGAUAAAACUAAGACAGCUGUCACAUCGAAUACUACGACAGCGGUCAUUUUUUUAGUGAUGAAGAAACAAAUAAAACGUUCGGAAACAACAAUAAGCUCUCUUUAUGAAAUAGACACGGCAUUUGAUUUCCACAUCUGUCCUAUGUCUUGUCCGAACGUAUACAGCCCUGUGUGCGUCGGCGUGAACCGUGGCCACGGCUUGUAUUACAAAUUCUAUACGUUCGUUAAUCACUGUUCCGGCGAUUUGUAUUAUUGUAAGAACUGGAGAGAAUUCAGCCCGCCGCCUGAUGAAGAGGAAAUGGUAAAAAGUUCACCAUUGAGCUGGUCGUAUUGUGCAGCAAAUAGAUACAUUCAAUUCGCAAGGUUCACCGAGAUGACGUCAUCGAUGGGCCACUAUGGCUGGCUGGCUGGUGAUCACAGUCCAACUCACAUCGUAGAGCCGCACGAGCGAAUACCAGGUUAUGGGUGAAGAAAAUAAACGAAAUGUUAAUU